CUUCCUAUCACAAUAGUAUCAAUAACGUAAAUGUUCUUGAAUAGACACGAUUAGAAUGCGAAGUAAAUUGUGGCCAUUAGUGUCAAUUGAAAUAAAAACGAAUAUUUAAUCUUAAUUUGCCAAUUUUCUUAGUCAUUACGAAUUGAAUAUUUUAGCAUUAUACGCAAUCAGAAUUCUUCCUCUUCAGUAUGGAUUUACGUCCUGUGCUAUUAGUGCUUCUAGACCAUCGUCAUUUUCUCUUUUUCGGUCAGCUAUCCAUGGAUACUGCAUUGAGAACGGUAGUUCUAAUCCUCAUUUUCUCGGUGCUAAAUGCCAGAUGCCAAAACCGCUUUGGAAACUAUCAUGAAGGUAUCUAUGAUUUAAUUUCCACUACAGAAUUCCGAUCAGUGAAUUUACAGUGGCGCUACGACACUAGGCCAGAACCAAUCGGAUUUUUCAUCACGCUAUGUGAAAUUACUAUCUGGUCAAGAUCAGAUGGAGAUUGCUUCGAGCGCCAUCUGUUGCUGGGAAAGAGAAAUACUUUGAAUGGCCAUGAUUCACUCACGACGGAUGGCAAUGGACAUUAUGAAGCUACGUUGUAUGGGUUGCGUAUGUUGACGAAUUACACGGUUUCCGUGCAACCCAUGGAAGACCAAAAUAGAGUUGCAUCAUCUGAUACAAGCGGAAGACGAGAGAAGCUUCAUGCGUCUGAAAGAUUAACGAUAAGAACUAAAGGAUUUUCUGCUUAUGCCACAAACUGUUUGGCAAAUUCUUCAGACAUCGUUGUACACAGUGGUCCCUAUUUUGGCGGUAAAAUCACUGUCGAAGGCUCGUCGGAGGAGCGUUGCAGUGUUUAUGGGAACAGAAGCAGUCCUAAUGACACUUACACAUUAAAGAUUAAUCAUCGAAUUUGUGGAAGUAAGAUGGUGAAUGGUUCCCGAAUAGAUACCGUAGUUGUGGUGCAUGAAAGCAGUACUGUGGUGACACACAACUCAAGGAGGUUUCUCGUGCAGUGUACGUUCCUUCCUGAGACGUUUACAAUCAAGGCAGCAUUUAAUGUGCCUCAAGAAAGUGAAUCGGAAAAAAGAAACUUCAACUACAAGCAACUUGAAGAAGCUUUGAAAAAUCUUGAUUCGAAUGAUGUGUACACUUACGAACAAUACAAACAAAAUCAUGUAAAAGAUUCCCGGAUGUCUUCGGAACAAGCACAGUCGGUUCUCCAAGGCAGUCUUCCCGGAUAUGAAUCACAGAUGCUGAGUUUACUGAUAGUAAUCAUUGUUUUAAUCAUUGUAAUCGUCGUAGUAAUAGGAUUCAGCUUAUGGUGUUAUAUUCAUACUCACCGCAGACGAUCCGACAGCGCCGAUAUUGAAACGAUGUCAACUUCUGGUUCUUCUUUCAUGGCAUAUCACGUCGGCGAUAAUGACGCCCUCGUGCGGUCGACACCCGGAGAUAAUUCUCUUCCAACCAUUCCCUUUCAUGACGGAGUAUACAACAGCCAGACAUUUCCUCGCAAUGUAAAUCCCUUUUAUGGAAAUCAGGUUGCUCUUGUUUCUUUAAAACCUGUAAAAGAACUCUAUUAAACAUAAACAUUACUGGAAUGCGUACCUUUGCGGUGUUCGUGGGAUUCUUCGCUUAAAAAUGUAUUCUAUAAAGGUACUAAGUGUCAAAAACAAAAUGAAUAAAAUUAUUUUUGAUGUUA